AUUGUAACACCAGAUAAUGUGAUUUAACCCCACAAUUUCACAUUUAUACUGGUAGUUACAGUUGUGGCUAUACAAAACGUCGGCAGAUAUUUUUAAACUGACCUGGUAUAGGCGAUACCAUCUUCGUCCUCCAUUCCUUCAAACAGGAGUCUCGUAAAAUAUCUGUGGAGUUGCAGGGGGUUUGUUUGAAUUUAGAAAAUGCUCUGUUGUAAAAAGAAAUCUAAAUGUUUUGCACCUUGAAGUAAUUGAACAAUGUGUGUGGCACCACUGGGGCAGCAGGUAGCCUAGCGGUAAGGUGUGUUGAGACAGCAACACAAAGGUUGCUGUUUUGAAAAUCUGUCCACGUGCCCUCGAGCAAGACGCUUAACCCUAAUUGCUCCUGUAAAUCAAUCUGGACAACAGCAUCUGCUAAAUGACUGACAUGUAAAUAUAUUUUUCAAGUCUUCUCUCAUUGAUUGAGACGGGUGGGUCCAUGAUGACAGACACCUGUCUCCAUCAAUGAGAGAAGACUUGAAAUAGACAAGAUGGCGGGGUACACAUUGUUGGAUUGCUUCAUGGAACAAAACCUUUAUUUAUUUUAAUAACUGAGCAUUUUCUAAAUUCAAACGGAAUUUACACAGACAUUUUAAGAGACUCCUGUUUCCACAACUUGAGGUUGAAGAUAUUAUCGCCAAAACCAGGUGGGAGCCUGAGUCUGGAGGAGGUGCGGCUAAAGCAGCAGCAGGAAAUGCAGACCAGGAGGAAGCAGAGACAGACGAAGAAAUAUAUGUGUGAGACGUCGCCCGUGGUGUUGGGAUGAAGACUGAGCCACAGAGAGACAGGAAGCUGAAGUUAUCAUUAAAAUACAGACGCAUCAGCAUCAUCAUGUGAAUGAUGCUUGUUGCCUCCACAAGUAGAGGACAGACUACAGCAUCCAAUCACCCUGUCAUUCUAAUGAUGACACAACCCUAUAGAAUCCCUCCUCUCCUCCCAUUGUCAGGUGUGUUUUGUAUACCAUGUAACCUACAGAAGAUUUGUGUUAGCUCUUGUGGCACAGACACAGUAAAGGCGAGGGGCUUAAUCAUGGGCUGUGUCUGUUUUGAGAUUGCAAUUUAGUGGUGAAAUUAUUAUUUACUUUGUGAGCUGUGCGUACAGGGGGUCAAAUAGGCCCUACUCAUCACGUGAUCAUGGUUUCCUGGUCUCAAAGCUCCACCUCCUACUUGACUUCCCUUUCAGAAGUUUAGUGUGUGAACAUCGAUGGUUGACGUUAAUCUGUCAUGCGUUCUCUAAACUACCUGCUCGGAGAAACCAGACUGAACACACAGAAAACCCUGGGAGGAGAGAAAUGACCUUUACAACUACCGUGAGAAAUACAUACUAAAAACAGGGAUCUCACGCUGCUUAAUCACACUAGGUUUUUAACAAUCAGAAUCAAAAGGGAAAGUUAACUUUUGUACAAGGCUCUGUCAUUCUAGAGGAGGGAUUGUCACAAGAACAAAAUGGCUUCCAGAUUAUCUCUCCAAGAGGACGAUCUAUCCUGUGCUGUGUGCUGUGACAUCUUCAAGGAUCCUGUCAUCCUGUCAUGUAGUCACAGCUUCUGUAAAGCCUGUCUGCAGGAAUACUGCAGGGGGAAGGCAGAAAAGGAAUGUCCAGUUUGCAGGAGAAGAUCUUCAAGGGCAGAUCCUCCUUGUAACCUGGUCUUAAAGAACCUGUGUGAGGCCUUCUUACAGGAGAGGAGGCGCAGAGAUUCAGGGGAGUCUGAGGAGUGCUGCAUUCUGCACAACGAGAAACUCAAGCUCUUCUGUCUGGAUGAUAAACAGCCCAUCUGUGUUGUGUGUCAGACCUCAAAAACCCACAAAAAACAUGACUGCUGCCCCAUAGACAAAGCUGCACAGGACCACAGGGAAGAACUCCAGACUGUCCUGAAGCCCUUACAGAAGAAGCUGAAGGGCUUUAAUGAAGUUAAAGAAAUCUGUGAUGAAAUAGCAAAGCAUAUUAAAAACAAGGCCCAGAGCACAGAGAUACGGAUGAGAAAGGAAUUUGAGAAGCUCCACCAGUUUCUACGAGAGGAAGAGGAGGUGAGGAUAGCUGUUCUGAGGGAGGAAGAGGAGCAGAAGAGUCAGGUGAUGAAGGAGAAGAUUGAGGAGAUGAUCAGAGAGAUAUCAUCACUUUCAGACACAAUCAGAGCCUUAGAGGAGGAGCUGAGAGCUGAAGACAUCUCAUUCCUGAAGAACUGUAAGGUCACAGUGGUAAGAACCCAGUGCACACUGCCGGAUCCACAGCUGGUCUCAGGAGCACUCAUAGACGUGGCCGAACACCUGGGAAACCUGCAGUUCAGAGUCUGGGAGGAGAUGCAGGGGAUUGUGAAAUACAAUUCUGUGAUUCUGGACCCCAACACUGCCAACCCAAAUCUUAUCCUGUCUGAGGACCUGACCAGUGCCAUAUACAAUAAAGAGAGACAGCAGCUUCCUGACAACCCAGAGAGGUUUAAUUACUAUAAAAUGGUCUUGGGCUCUGAGGGCUUUACCUCAGGGACACACAGCUGGGACGUUGAGGUAGGGUUCAAUAAAGCCCUGGGUGUGAUAGCAGAGUCUGUCCAGAGGAAGGCAAAAGUAGAAAGUGGAUUCUGGUGUUUAAGCCUUUGGUGUGUAAGCCCCUGUGAUGCUUAUGGUUAUGAUGUUGAUGGUGAUAUUCAAUAUAAAGUAGAGUCCCCUCCGAGGCCAGACAUCCAGCUCAGAUUGAGAAAGAAACCCCAGAGGAUCAGAGUGCAGCUGGACUGGGACAGAGGGAUGCUGUCAUUCUCUGACCCUGAUAAUAACACACAUUUAUACACUAUUACACACACUUUCACUGAGAGAGUCUUUCCGUACCUUCUCAGUGAAUGUGCCCUACAGCCAAUGAGCAUAUUACCAGGGUAGGCCUCUGAUGGUGGAACAGAACACUUAGAGCUUAUACUGUAGAAUGUUAUUUGUGUUUCUUGUCUCAGUUAUGAAUUGCUCUAAGCAGAAGGAAGACAAAGCCUGGGAAGCAGUUAGUUAGGUAAACGCAUUACCUUUGUUAUUUUUGAAUGUAGCUGAAACUCUGGUUAUUUUUAAAUCCAUGAGCCAUGAAAAUGGUUAUAAUUUUUACUAUGCGUUGUUUAUUUUGUUUUUAAUAUUGAAUUGUAGAUUUGAAUUGGCUGAAAAUAAUUCGAAUUUGUGAUAUAAAUCACUCAAUAUAUAGUUUUAAUAUUUUGUAAAAUGAAUUUUAAUAAAAACAUACUGUAUAUA